AAAAGGAGAUUGCUCAGGGGGAGCUCGGUCGUGAGUCAUGGACUUCUCCUGGCUCCUCCUCUACCACUCCCACUCCCUCGCUGGCCCCCCCCACAAGGGCUAGCGUUCGCUCUCGGGCUCCGAGGGGGUGGGGCUGCUGGGAAUGGCUGUUCGCCCUUCUCCUCCUCUGCCCGGCUCCCUAUUUUACCUGAAGAGGCAAAGAUCUUGCCCACAGUGCACAUGGGGCAUGGAGGAGAAGACAGCGGCGCAGUCGGGGGCCAGCGGGGCCAGCCGGGAGCUGCCAGGCCCCCGGAGGGUAUCUGCGGUCCAGUACUUCAAUACUGCAGUGGACCAAAAUCACAUCCUUCCCGGAGCCCUCCGGCUCAUUCAGGAGCUGCGCCCGCACUGGAAGCCCGAGCAAGUUAAGACCAAGCGCUUCACUGAUGGGAUCACCAACAAGCUGGUGGCCUGCUUUGUGGAAGAUGACAUGAGGGACGCAGUGCUGGUCCGUGUCUAUGGGGAGCGGACAGAGCUUCUGGUGGACCGGGAGAAUGAGGUCAGGAACUUCCAGCUCCUUCGGGCCCAUGGCUGUGCACCCAAACUCUAUUGUACCUUCCAAAAUGGCUUGUGCUAUGAGUUUCUCCCAGGCAUGGCUUUGGGGCCCGAGCAUAUCCUCGAACCCCGGCUCUUCAGGCUGAUUGCCUGGGAAAUGGCAAAAAUCCACGCCAUCCAUGCCAACGGCUGUCUGCCCAAACCUGGCCUGUGGUCCAAAAUGUACAGAUAUUUCACUCUUGUCAAGGAUUCUUUCAACUCCAGCCUUUCUCAGAGCAUACCCAGUGUGGAGGUCCUUGAGCAGGAAAUGGCCUGGUUGAAGGAGCACCUUUCCCAGCUGGAUUCUCCCGUAGUAUUUUGCCAUAAUGACCUGCUUUGCAAGAACAUCAUCUAUAAUGAAAAGAAAGGUCAUGUCAGAUUCAUAGACUAUGAAUAUGCCGGCUACAACUACCAAGCCUUUGACAUUGGCAAUCACUUCAAUGAGUUUGCAGGUGUGAAUGAGGUGGACUAUAGCCUGUACCCCAGCCGGGAGACUCAACUUCGUUGGCUGAAUUAUUACCUGCAAGCCCACAAGCAGCUGUGCAAGGAAGGCUGGGGUGGGACAGCUGUGACGCCCAGGGAGGUGGAGAAGCUCUACGUACAAGUUAACAAGUUUGCUCUGGCCUCUCACUUCUUCUGGGCAUUCUGGGCUCUCAUCCAGAACCAGUUCUCUACCAUCGACUUUGACUUCCUUAGAUAUGCGGUGAUCAGAUUCAACCAGUACUUCAAGGUGAAGCCUCAGGUGUCGGCCUUGGAGAUGCCAAAGUGACCGGCCUCCUGCCCUGUCCGCCCAGCCAGACCUGCUCUCCUCAGGGCCCCUGCUUGACUCUGGGGCCCGUGCCUAAAGGGCCAGAGCAAGAGAGGGAUGCAGGUGGGGUCUCUCCAGUGGGGCAGUGAAGCCCAUGCCCUGUGCCGCCGGCCCCAAAUUAAAGCCGCUGUAGACCUCGCUCCUCCCCUGUCUGGCUUCAGCCUCUGGGACUGAUGGGACCAGCUCAGGGUACCCUUCCCCUUCACCCUCCCUUUCCCAAACUUGGUGGGGGGAAGGGGAGUGCCUGCAGAGUACCAGGGAUGACCAACCUUUUAGGACAGGGACCAAGGCAACCGAUGGGAACCAGUGGGAAGCCCAGGAACACUCCCAAUAUCACCCUACCCUCAUGCCUCUUUGCCAUCAGGGGUGCCUUAUUUGUGUAAUGGACCCUUCUCAGCUUGGGUAGAGCGUCAAAAGGGCUCCUUUUCACCUCCAAUGCCCGUAGAUUCUCUAACUAACCCUUCACUCCCCUAUUUUUCCCAAGCAGAAAGUGAAGAGCUCCCCAGCAAGUAGCCCCAAUACACCAUGUGUAUGGGCGUAUAUGGCUUGGAUGAGGGGACCCAGGUUAGGAAUGCCCCCCCCCCAGCAGCCUUAUUGGAUUCCCUGGCACUGCUUCCACUCUCACUUUCUCCAGGCACCAUUACUGGCUCCUAACCUCACCCCACCUCCAACCCAGUUUCACUAUUCCCUACUCAGGUCCUGGGGUCUGUGUUCUCUACCCUUUGGCCAGCUUCUGCUACCUAGAGAAGGCCUAGUGAUUAGAGUGCUGUCAUGACACUUGGGAUUGCCUGGGGGAAUUAUGGGGUGCUGUUAGCCAAAGCCUAGGUCAGUGAGUCUCACUGACCUUGAUCCUUCCACCCACAGCCCCCCACCCCAAGAUGCCUACCUAACCUCGUAUUUCUCUUGCAUAUACUGGGCCUGAAUUAGAGGACCCUCUUACUCUGAGGGUCAGUCCUGGGCAGCAGGGAGAAAGGGGACAUAUCCCAAGAAGCAGAGGCCCCAGGAGGGCCAGGGAAUGGUUGGGCCCCCUGGUUAGGACCUAGCCUGGACAUAGGUAGGGAUUGUCCUGACCUCCUGAGUUCCUUCACCAACCACCACUCACCCUUAGACAGCAAUUCAAUCUCUCCCCAGCCUCCUUCCUGACCCCAGGGCUUCUUUAGGGUCGGGGGAACCCUUCUCAGCUCUGGCACAUGAAACAAACUUUGAGAUUCCAAUUAUUGUGGUUUUGUUCUCCAUUAAAAUGGCCGCUUCUGGUUUCUGGUGCUGCUCA